UUGAAUUCAGUGCAAAAGAAUCUGCUCGCCAUGAAUGGCAGUGUGCCGAGUGUUCACGGGAGUGGGGUUGGUGAGGGGGCGAUCAGAAAGGACGAAGGUAGUGGCAGUUACAUCCAUGAUCUUAGUGCCGAGCAGAAGUUGAAACUCAACAUACAACAACUUCACAUCCGACAGAAACAGCUGCAACUCACCGAUUACGACGACAACAGUCUCAGCUCGGAAGAGCAUGUCCUGGCACCGGCUUCCGGUUGCAUGGCCAGCCCGAACCGGCCCUGUCUGACAUGGGCUUGUAAGGCGUGCAAAAAGAAGAGCGUUGCCGUCGAUCGGCGGAAAGCGGCCACCAUGCGGGAGAGGCGUCGGUUGCGGAAGGUAAACGAGGCAUUCGAAGUACUAAAACGGCGGACCAGCACCAACCCAAAUCAGCGGUUACCGAAGGUAGAGAUCCUGCGGAACGCCAUCGAGUACAUCGACAGUCUACAAGCACUGUUGGAGGAAUCACCACCCAUACGGCAAAGCCCGGACAGCAUCACGGAUUCCGGCAGCAAUCCUAUUCUGUCAACACCUCAGGACUACAUGAACUGCUGCACCAAUAGCUACCUGCGGGAACGGUUGGGUCAACUGGGAAAGGACAACGACCGGUACUCUCCACUGACAGGAUACAACCAAACGUCAGCAUCCGGUGCAGUGAACGGAUCAAGCCUAGAUUGCUUGAAUCUGAUCGUACAAAGCAUUACUACUGCUCAGCAGCAACAGCAACAGCAGCAGCAGCAGCAGCAGCAGCAUACACAACCUCCUCAGCAGCAACUGAUGAUCCCUGCGUCAUCCCAACCUUCCUUAACUUCGGCCGGUUCUUCACCAACCGGAGGCGGAGGACAAGUACCAGCGAUGGCAGCGGUCGGUGUCGGCAAUGGAUCUCAUUUGCAACUGCACCAGCACCAGCACCAGUUACAGUACAGUUCUUUCUCUUCGCCCACCUCUUCAUCGUCCUCGUCAUCAUCGUCAUCUUCGGCGUCGUCGUCGUCGUCGUCAUCCUCUGCAGCCGCCUCACCAAUGUCUCCACCACCGUUGACGGGAUCGUCCCAUCACCAUCAUCACCAGCAUCAUCACCAGCAUCAUCUGCAUCAUCCUCCUCAUCCGCAUCAGCUCGGCAUCGGCAACAGGCAGCCGGUGGUGGCCGCCCUACCGAACGCAUCCGUUUCGUUACCGUAAAAUGCCAAAUGGCACCAAGCAGUCGCCAAGCCGCCAAGAAACCGUUCCUAAUUAAUUGUACAUACUUUCGAGAGCGGGCCUAAGAGGACGAACAAUGGUUUACUGCGCACUGCGCGAUGCAGUCUACGGCGUCCAUCCUCUAGCGGGUAAUAUUUAAGGCUCACGGGGCCAUCGAUCGCGCCACGGCGGAGAAGGUAACGUAUGCAUUUAAAAAAUGGAUAAUUUUUGGAUGGUGAUAGAAGAAAAAUCAAAGACAGAUAGUGGAGUUUAGUAACUUUCCGAUAGAAAGGGUAUUAGAUUACUUGCAAAAAAGUUACGCCAUUCCGACUGGCCUUCCACCAGUUAUCAAAAAAAAAAAAUCUUGGCGGUCAAAAACAAGCAUGUUGGCAUAUUUUUCGGCUCUUUUUUUGCUUGUUGGAUCAGGUUUUCCUCUCUUUCGCAAUAAAAUUGUUGCAAGAGAUGCUAGGAUUCGAUAAAGCUGUAUAGUGUUCCUUGAUGAACGGCGCAACCUGUGGCCGGCACUUUGUGACGUACAUUUUCCCGUUCACGGAAAUUCCGGAGCUGAACAAGAGCAACUGAUUGUCAGCCACAGUAGCACCUUCUGGGGGAGGAGUAAAAUAAGACGAGCCUUUCCAAUUGAUGCCAUCCAGGAUGUGAUAGGUCUCACGGUCAGGUAUUUUUGCGUUGUUUCGUCAGUUGCACCGACCUCCCGGAUAAUCGUACGCAGCGGUGUAGUCAUUUUUCUGUCGAUCUUCCUCGCCAGCAUCCUUUGAAGCUGUUGAUGCUCAGGGCCAUCGGCCGUAUGGAACAGAGCUCUAACUGUUUUGAAUUGCAGUGUUAAUAUGUUAUAUGCACCGGAAUAAAAGCCUCCGGGGUCUACAAAGUGCCACAUGAUGUCCAUUUUUGUUCGUCACAGCACGAGUUCGUCAGAUGAAGGUUUCAUUUUAUUUUUUGCAAGUAUUAUUAAAUUUUCUCCCUCAGAAAAUUUACCGAACUCGAUUAUCUAUUUUAGUUUUUUCUGUGUAGUCAUCCAAAAAUUGUCCAUUUUUUUAAAUGCAUACUAACGUAGGGAAGCGCUACACGGUUACACGAUCCAAUGUUAGUUAAGUUAGUUAGGAAAGCUAUGGUAUUACUAGCUGUACU